GCAACACUCAUCUCGAUAACUCGACUCUGGGACACUCUGCUCGUCAUCCAUCCCCGUGCUCAUAUACUUCUCAGGGUUGACUCUUAAGCUACGCGUUUAGCUGUCCAUCAUGUUAUCCUACGCGGCGAACCUAGAGCCCCGCAUCCGGAGCAUCCUGCAGAGCAGCGACCUGAACACCAUCUCGGCGAAGGGCGUGCGAAAGCAACUAGUCGCCGCGGGAGAGGACGAAAGCGCGAUCAAGGAACACAAGGCGGACAUAGAUGCGAUUAUCGGCGAGAUCUACGAGGAACUCUGCGACGCGGAAGAAGACAAGGUCAAGACCAAACCCGAGUCGGCGUCGCCACCCGCGUCCUCGCAGCCUCUCGCUGGCCGCGCGAAGGCUGAGGACAACGAUGCGGAGCUCGCCGCGCGCAUGCAGGCCGAGUAUGACGCAGCAGUCCGUGGUGGGCGGGGCGCACGGAGAACCGCUGCACCCGCACCGAAGAAGAAGAAGGCUAAAAAGCGCAAGGCGGACUCGGAUGAUGACGAGCCCAAGAAGAAACGCGCGGGAGGCGGCGGCGGCGCGUUCAACAAGCCCAUGAUCCUGAGUCACGAGCUUGCAUCCUUCACGGGUGAGGAGCAGCUGUCGCGUCCACAGACAGUCAAGGCAUUGUGGGCACACAUCAAGGCGCACGACCUGCAAGAUCCAUCGGACAAGCGUUUCAUCCUCUGCGACGACAAGAUGAAGGCGCUGUUCAAGACGGAUCGCCUGCACAUGUUCACAAUGAACAAGCUCCUCGGAGAACAUCUAUACAAUCCCGACGACGUGGCGGGCAAGGUAGAAAAGGUCGAGAAGGCCGAGCCAUAGAGCGGUGUAUUAGCAGUUUGUACUAUCGGUGUAUGAGAACAGUGCAUAUGCGGAGCG